CCAACUCCUGCCUUAGCGAGGGUUUUGCUCGCCCCCUCGGUUCCCCUCCAGCCUUCCUCCCGCCACCAGAGCUAGCCCCGCGGUGGCAGGCUGAGGAGGAGCAAAGAACGGAGGGUUAAAGAGAAGAAAGACCUGGCUGGGUCUGGGUGGUGUCUGCAGUGCCAGAAAGGGAGGUGGCGGCGGCGGCGGCGGCUGCGACCACGGCCGCGCGGGACGUGAGGCCCGAGAGCAGCCGGCGGCGGCGGCGGCCGCUCCAGAGCCUCGCGCCGGGGCCGUUAGUCAGCAGAACGCGAGCCCGUGUGGAGGAGCAGGGCCGGCGCGAGGCGAGACUCGAGAGCGCGAGCCGGCCCCCUCGGGCGCCGCCGUCCUUCCUCGUCCCGGCGCCGGGGGCUGCGGCCCUCGUCCCCGCUCCUCGGCCGCGCCCGCCCGCAGGCCGGGAUAGUCCGGCGGCGGCGGCGGCAGCGGCAACGUGGGUCGCACCUUGUGGAGGACAGCGCGUCGGCAGAGGCUCUCUCCCGGCCCUUUCUUCCCGACACCUUGGCCGCGGCCCCUGAGGUGCAGGCUCCAAUACAUAAAAAGAAUUUUGGAGAUCUUGGGUCAGCAUUUGGAACUGCCUAAUGAGCCUGAGUAAAAAGUCAGAAGACUUCCAGGUGAUUUGUGUGCACAUUAAAAUCCAAGAAGCACUGCUGGAAGAAAGAGAAGUCAAAUACUUUGCACCAGUGUUUAAUAUCACCAUGAAUAGGAAGAUGAAUAAUCUUUCAUUUAGUGAGCUAUGUUGCCUCUUCUGCUGUCCGCCUUGCCCUGGGAAAAUUGCUUCAAAAUUAGCAUUUUUGCCACCUGAUCCUACUUAUACCUUGAUGUGUGAUGAAAGUGGAAGCCGCUGGACUUUACAUCUGUCAGAACGAGCAGACUGGCAAUAUUCUUCUAGAGAAAAAGAUGCUAUUGAGUGUUUCAUGACUAGAACCAGUAAAGGCAACAGAAUUGCCUGCAUGUUUGUGCGUUGUUCACCCAAUGCCAAAUAUACUUUACUCUUCUCACAUGGAAAUGCUGUUGAUCUUGGUCAGAUGAGCAGCUUUUACAUAGGACUGGGAUCACGGAUUAAUUGUAAUAUAUUCUCAUAUGAUUAUUCUGGAUAUGGCGCAAGUUCCGGGAAACCAACAGAGAAGAACCUCUAUGCAGAUAUCGAAGCUGCUUGGCUUGCUCUUAGGACAAGAUAUGGCAUUCGCCCUGAAAAUGUGAUUAUAUAUGGCCAAAGUAUAGGGACAGUACCAUCUGUGGAUCUUGCUGCUCGGUAUGAGAGUGCUGCUGUUAUUCUUCAUUCUCCUUUGACUUCAGGAAUGCGUGUUGCUUUUCCUGAUACCAAGAAGACCUACUGUUUUGAUGCAUUCCCAAACAUUGACAAAAUCUCUAAGAUAACCUCCCCAGUAUUAAUAAUUCAUGGGACUGAAGAUGAAGUCAUUGACUUUUCACAUGGCCUCGCACUGUUUGAGCGCUGCCAAAGACCUGUGGAGCCUCUGUGGGUUGAAGGGGCAGGUCACAAUGAUGUGGAACUUUAUGGACAGUACCUUGAAAGGUUGAAACAGUUUGUGUCACAGGAACUGGUAAAUUUGUAAAAUAUUCUGUAAAUUUGCAGACUGGGUUUUCUUUUCUUGCUGAACUGCACUCUUUGGUAAAUAACAUAAAACCUGAAGGUUUUGUUUGCAAAUCAUGUCAGUUGCCUUCAUAAAUGUACAGGUAAUGAUUUGUUAACAGACUUAAUGAAGGUUUUUAUUACCAGAACUAGAAACUGGAAAUAACAGUAUCAUGCAGUCAGGCUGUGUAAUUUAUAUUUUUUCUGUGAAUUUUUUUUUAAACAUCAAAAUGAGUACUGUAUGAAAUUUUAAUUCUGUAAAAUCAAAUGCUGUAAAAGUAUUGCCAAAUGCUUUUGCAUAUCAAACAAAUUUAUAGAUAUUUUUAAAACAUCUCAAUGUACUAAAUCUUAUCCAGGUAUACAAAUGUAAUAUUCUUUCAGUAAAAAGCUGUAUAUCUAAAGCAAUUCAAGUACUCAUAAUAGAAUAAACUGUAUGAAAACGUGCAAGUUCACUAGAGAUGACCUAAACCCUGUUGUACAGGGAUUGAGGUUUAAACAGUUACUUUAUUGUAAAAUACAUUGAAUUUUCUGUAUUCCCUGGUUAUCAUACAUUUUCUCCUUUGAAAAAAAAAUGAUGUAAGUCUUAAUUUUUAUGCCAUCUAUUAAUUUACCAACUAGUUACCUGUAAAUGAGAAGUCAUGAUAGCACUGAAUUUUAACUAGUUCUGACUUAUAGGUUUGGUACUGUGAGGCAACUACUUAAAAUUCUCAUUUUUCUUAUUUAAAAAGGCAUUUAGAGUUUCAAGAAAGAUUUUGUAUGCAAUGUUGUUUUAAAUUUUGACUAAUCUCAUAGAAUCACAGUACUCUUCAUUAUAAGAAAACAUGAGAGUCCAUUAGAUGUUCUUCAAGACCACAAACAGGCUGGCUACUUGGUUGUUUUUCACCUUGGCUAUUUUUAAUAGGAUCUGUUGUUUUAGAUUACUAUCUGAGAAUUUCAUGGAUUCACUUGUGGAUACAGGAGAUAAGAGAACAUUUAAUUCAUAACUUUUAUAUUAACCAAUGUAGUAAAAAACAAAGCUCACACACAAAAACUAAGUUGCCUUUCCUUGAUUGAAUCCUGCCUGAAUAAAACAAUGAAAGUAAAAUAAAAAUAAAAUUAACGGUAUGUAGUCUAAUUUGUACAUGAAUGAAUAUUGAAAUAAUACACACUGUGGAUAUAUUUUAAGGCCUUAUGUAGUUUUAAUUGUUCUGCUUGUUCUGUGGUUAUGUCUAAGACUAUAGUAUAUGAUUAUCUUCAAAGUAUAUCAAGUAUUGUGAAUGCUUUGGUUCAGAUGUGUCAAAUUAACAGUAAAACAACAAAUAUACCACCCAGCUGUGCUUGUUUGCCUUCUUCCAUGCUUCCCAUCCCUUACCGUAAGGACUGAAAACAUUUACCAUUCAUCUUUGUAGAACAUAGUUGUGUAGUUUUCUCAAUUUUAUCAUCACUUCUUUUUUUGAAGAGGUUUCUUCCUUACCAAGAUUGUUGUGGAGCCUGUACAAUUCCUUUUUUUAUACAGCCUACACCCCAGAGUUCAGCUAUGUGUUUUCUUUGAUUACCUGUUAAAUUUAAAAUAUUGAUCAUACUAAUUCAGCAUUCAUUCAUUCAACAAAUAUUUAUUGAAAUAAUGUCUAAAUCAUGUAAUAUCCUAUGCCAGAUAAAGGUGAACAUCGACCAUGUCCUCAUAGACUUCACAGUGUAACCAAGGAGACAGAUACCUUAUUGCAUAAGUAUUACUAUUUGAGUAAGGCUGAGGGAGAUUUGUAGCUUAUUGUAACAGGUAAAUUGUACUUUAUGGAGGGGAACAUGGGGAGAAGGGCGAGGAAGAGUUGCACAAAGAAGUGAUAUUUGAUAGGAACUUUGAAGGAUGACUAAACCUGAUGGCCAAGGGAAAUCAUUGCUGGCUAAAGGGAACAGUAUGUGGAAGCCUAGAGGAAGGACAGUGCAUUUGAAGUCUAAAAAGCCUGGCCAGAAGUCAAAGGGAACAGAUGACAUAAAGAUGAGCCUGGCAAAUUAGUUAGGGGCACAGUCCUACAUGGUGUCAUGGACCCUGAUUAUUAUCCUUGAUAUAAUAGAAAGCCAUUGAUAGGAAUAUGACACUGCAUUUAUCAAGAGUUUAUAGAUUAAAAAAACCUGGAUAUUUUUAGUUUGCUAGAAAUAACAUGUGAGCCGGUUGUAAUGGGCUAUAAUUUUAGGGUGUGGAAAAAUUCAUCAUGGGGCAAUAAUCUCAUACAAAGGAUAAGUCAGACCACAUCUGUAAAUAUUAAUUUCAGGAAGCAAUAAAAGGAUAUUCACAAAUUAGAAUAAAUCCUGGAAUGUUUUACCAAGUUGGAAAGAGUCCCACAAACUAAAACCAAAAGAGCAACUGGAGAAUUAUGUACCUAAGGAAUGAUACUUGAGAGGCAUGUACAAUUUAUUCUUUUUGACUCAGUACAACUAGGUGAAAGUUCCAAAAUGGCGGGUUGGAGUUCAGUGUAAGAAAGAACCAACUGAUUAUUUGUCCAUGACAGAAAGGGCUUGCCUCCUAAUGUUCGAAGAAGAUCUUAUCACUGGGAGAAGCAGAAUGACAUCUGCCACAGUGCUGCAGAAGAAAUUCCAGAUGUAAAUGUGGAAUUGAACUAGAUGGACCAUGUAAUGUCCCCUUUAAGAUUUCAUCAUCUAUUCAGAUUUCUCCUACCUUUUCAGAGCAUUGCCUGCCCUGUGGCAUCCAGAAGACAGUAUCAUGUAGAAGAAUUGGCAAGCAGAUCUGGGUUCUCUUCUCACUUGACACCAAUUAGCUCUGUGGCCUUGCCAAGUCACUUCUCUGGACCAGUUUCCUCAUUAGAAAAGAAGAGAUGGAACUGAUUGAUUGAUAUACUAUCUUAUGUUUCUAAUGUUAUGAAAAUCUCAACCCAAUUAAUCUGUAAAGACUCAUAACAAUUUUUAACCUGGGCUAGAGUGGCCUCAGAUAACUUAUUUUGAUAGUUGUCUUUUGUGCAUACCAACAUGGUGGAAUUUGGAUGGUAACACUAAUCCUGGGGAAAUGUUUGGCAGUGUACAUAACUCCUGCCAUAUCUUCAAGUACAUAAAGCAGAAAAAGAACUUUAAUAUAUUGGUUUAUGAUCUAUACACUUUUCCAGACUUCUAACUUACUGAAAUUUACCACUUCUGUAUCCUACAUAAGAAUGUAUUGCAGUAGUUUUUCUUGGUGAUUUCUAUAAAUGUUAGGUAUUGCUCACUUUAAGAAAGCUUGAAGAAUGAAAAUAACUUUUUAAAAUUGUAAACUGACAUCAACUGUCCUAUUAAUAGAAUGUUCUUGGUGCAUUUAGACAUUUUUUUUUAAGAUUUUAUUUAUUUAUAUGACAGACAGGGAACACAAGCAGGGGCAGUGGGAGAGGAAGAAGCACACUCCCCGCUGAGCAGGGAGCCCAAUGUUGGGCUCAGUCCCAGGACCCUGGGAUCAUGACCUGAGCCAAAGGCAGAGGCUUAACGACUGAACCACCCAGGCUCCCCAACAUUUAGACAUUCUAUAUGACAAAAAUUUUUUUCAAGAACAGGUAUUCUGGAAAGCCAGACAAACUCCUAAAUCUUAAAAACUUUAGAUAUGAAAUAGCUUAAUCCCUUCAUUUUACAGAUGAGGAAACAAACCCAAAGAAAAGUAACUUUGCCAAGAUCCACAAUAUGAUUGUCAUUAGUUGUACUUAAUAUCUUCUCUUCAUCAAAUUUAUCUGGACUAGUACAUCAAUGAUCCCUUUGAAUUAUAAUACAACAAACUUAUUUGCUCUCCAAUAUUAAUCAUGAUUUUAUUUUUUUAAAUGGCUCUUAGAUUUCUCCUUAUCAGUUAAUUAUUCAUUGAAUACUAACUUGGUAGGUUGUGCCUUUCACAUUUAUCAAAUUAAUUAUAUAAAGUAUUUUAACACUAAUCCAUUUUCACUAGGCUCAGUAACAGCCAUUUGGCUGUGUUAAAACUUAGUGAAGAUUGUAGUCACAUGAAUAAACAGUCAAGUGGUUACUUAAGCAGCACAUUAACUACAAAUUAUAACACUGAGAAUAAGCGAUUACAUUGAAAACCGUAUCAAAGCAGUUAUUACUAAAUGGUGAUGGGUGGGCUUUUAAUUUGUUGCCUUAAUUUUAAACAGGUAUUAUAGUUAAAUACUGUGGUAGUACGUUACAUUUUUUUUCCCCCAAAGGUUUUAUUUGACAGAGAGACACAGCAAGAGAGGGAACACAAGCAGGGGGAGUGGGAGAGGGAGAAGCAGGCUUCCCGCCAAGCGGGGAGCCAGAUGUGGGGCCCAAUCCCAGGACCCUUAGAUCAUGACCUGAGCCAAAGGCAGAUGCUUAAUGACUGAGCCACCCAGGAAGGAGCCCCAAGCAUGUUACAUUCUAAUGAGGCUGUACAUGCCAAGUGUCCAGUAACCAAAAAAGGAACUACACGUAGGAUACUUGGAAUUGUGUUUUGAGUUAUGCAGGAUGCAGAGAGAAGACAUUUGUCUACUACAUCUCUAAUAGAUUAUGCAUCUGACUGAGUAGUGGAAUGAGUAAUACCAAGGAAGGAAGCAAAUACCUCAAGCCUGGAAAUGACCCACUAGACAUUAGUUUAAAAAAAAAAAAAACAGGAAGUAAAGCAUAGAGUGUAAAUGUCAGUGAGCUAAAAGCUGUUAAACUGGUUCUUUCAGGGGCGCUUGGGUGGCUCAGUUGGUUAAGCGACUGCCUUCGGCUCAGGUCAUGAUCCUGGAGUCCCGGGAUCAAGUCCCGCAUCGGGCUCCCUGCUCGGCAGGGAGCCUGCUUCUGCCUCUGACCCUCCCCCCUCUCAUGUGCUCUCUCUCUCAUUCUCUCUCUCAAAUAAAUAAAUAAAAUCUUUAAAAAAAAAAAAAAAAA